CGACUCGCCCCUACCCGAGCUCUCAUUUUCCUCUCCUCAUCCCCUCCCCCGACGCCCUUCCCCUGCGUCGUUCCGCUCGCUUCCCCCACACUCCUUAACCCAAAAGCCACAAAACUACAACGCCCACCGACCUACAAGUAGCGAGCCACUCAUCCAUUCAUAUAAUCAUCAUGUUCGGCUCGACCCUUUUCGGCAUCACCCUGCUUUCGGCCCUGGCACCCUUCGUGUCCGCUGGCCAUUUCAAACGCAUGGACAUGCAUCGUCGCCACGAUGAGCUCGCGCACAGCGCGUCAAAUGCAUCGGUCGAGCUCAGCUCGUCAAACACAUCGGUCGCGUUGGAGAAGCGCCAGCAAUCGUUUCGAAUGCGCGCUUCACUUAUUACGCCGUCGGAUUGUGAGCACCGCCGAUGUGAUAUCCGGACAUGGGCACUGACACGUCUGUGAAGGGGUGCGUGUGGAACCACAAAUGUGCCCAAUGACUUCAUCGUGGCGCUGGACUCUGCUCUUUACGACGCGAGCAACGAAUG